CUGGGCCAAGACGAAAAUGAAUUCUUCACAUAAAUUUCCCUACCCACACUUCCCAAUGGUGGAACAUCUAGUGCAAAACAAUCUUUCGUUCUACAUGCACGAAGACCUCGGUAAUUUGGAGGAUAUUCUGUUAACCAUCCGAGAGCCCUCCACUAUCGCCCUGACGGUAAUGUACAUUAUAUCUUUCGUUGUUGGCUUCGUUGGGAACGUUAUGUCUAUCAAAGUACUGACUAGCAAAAGGAAUACCAGGAUAUCCGGGGUGAGCGCCACUCGCAGCUUGCUGAUAAACCUUGCCAUCUGCGAUCUGAUGGUGGUCUGCGUUUGCAUGCCCACAACCCUAGGUUACCAGAUCUACAAAGCCUGGAUUUAUGGCGACUUUAUGUGCAGAGCGGCACCUUUCACCCAGGCCGUGUCUGUCUCUGCCAGUGUCCUCAGCAUCACCGUUAUAAGUGUUAACAGGUACUAUAAUGUCCACAACCCAUUAAAUGCUAGAUCAUUCUUCACCUGGAGAAAAAUCUUUUGGACCAUUUUCGUCGUGUGGUUGCUGUCAUCUGGUAUCUGCAUGCCUCUUAUCUUUAUGAACAAGUUGAAAGAGAUUGACCCCACAUUUGGGGUACCCUUUUGCAGUGAAGUUUGGUCCCAAGUCAAGUUGAAACAAGCAUACAACUUUAUCCUCUUCUGUGCCCUUUAUGGUUUGCCUGUGCUAUUUAAUCUAGUAAUUUGCUUUCUUACUUGGCGUAGACUAUGGAGCACAUCCAGUCACUUCAAAGAAUGUGAUACCAGGAACCAAGCCCUUCCAGCUUCAAGAUUGAAAAUCCGCAAAAAGAUUGCCAAAAUGGUGGUGGCUUUGGUGAUUCUGUUCGCCCUUUCAUGGUUACCCUUCUAUAUGGUAGAUAUCUGGCUAGAUUUCAACUCUGAAGAUGCUUCAAAGGACAAUGAGACAUCUUCAGAGUGGAUCAUGAAUUUUCGUCCAUUUGCCCAGUGGCUUGGUCUCACCAAUUCUUCCCUCAAUCCAAUUUGCUAUUGUUUCGUUGGAGACCUGUACAGAUCAGCCAAGGAAAUAAAAAGUAAAUAUAGAAGAACACUGAUUUCUCUCUUCAAUUAUUCUUUAUCUGAAGGCUCCACAAGGUCAUCCAUCCCCAAACUACUUUCCUACAAAGAAUCUUGUCGGAUAACAACAAAAGAAUUCAAUUUCAUUGAGUCUAAGGAGAGGAAGUUUAAGGCCUGUUGUUCAUCCCGUGGCAUUUGUGAGACAUCGUUGAACACAUGUAACCCUGUUCCAAAACAUACUGUUGAAGCUGACAAAAAUGACACAAGGAACAACAAAUAG